UGGUGGGAAGGACAGCUGUUAUAAUAUGAUGCAAUGUGUUGCUGCUGGGCAUCAGAUUGUUGCUCUAGCCAAUUUAAGACCUGCCGAAAACACAGGGCAGACUGAUGAAUUGGACAGCUAUAUGUAUCAGACAGUAGGACACCAUGCCAUUGAACUGUAUGCUGAUGCACUGGAUUUGCCACUCUAUCGUGGUUUCAUAAAGGGUACCAGUGUAAAUACUGGAAGAGUGUAUACCACAUGUCAGGAAGAUGAGGUUGAAGACCUUUACCACCUCUUGAAACUUGUCAAGGACAAAGAAGGAGUGGAGGGUGUAUCUGUGGGAGCCAUUCUUUCUGACUACCAGAGAGUUCGAGUUGAAGAUAUAUGCAGAAGGCUUAAUCUUCAGCCAUUAGCUUACCUUUGGCGUCGGAACCAGGAAAUAUUGCUUAAAGAAAUGAUAUCAUCUAACAUUCAAGCUAUAAUCAUAAAAGUGGCAGCUUUUG